UGUCACAAGGAGAAGAAGAUGAUCCAGUAGUCACGGAAGGUAUGACCAUAUUUCAUGUGCUCCUUCUGAUCUAAGCCUAACCCACGCGCGCCUUACUCAAUACCAACAAUGAUCUGAGAUAUCACUCUGCUUCCGCACAGCUCUUCGUCUGUCAUCGACACCCUCCUGAAUCAUGAUGACGGAUGUCUCACAGUCCUCUGGUCCUUCUCUGGAUGACAUGCCACCCGAGAUUCUUCACAUAAUCUACCUCUAUGUUUACCCCGACGACAUCAAGGCCCUUGGAUGCACAUCUCGACAACUCCAGCUUGUCAGUGCUGAGUACCCAACAGAUGAAGUCACUGUCACGAUCACCGAUUGGCGCUGGGCGAUGGAUUUCGCAACUCUUCAAGAAAGACGUGUUGCGUGGAAUAAAUGUGCUGACAUCAAUGUGUGGCGUAAGACAGUGCUGGAAACGAGGACUAGACUGUGAUCAUCUCCACGACGACGAUGAAAAAUCACUACGAGUGCCAUACGACUACUAGCUCACAAUGGGUACCAUAACGGUAUCGAA